UCUCUCUGUUCUUGUAUAUGACGAAUCUUUUGCCCUUAGAAACAUUGGCUUUGAUCGUACAAAGUAAACGCAGGGUUUUUCCUGUGGAAAUUUUUGGGACUCCCUGAAUGUGGGUAUCUGGAGCAUUGUUACAUUUUCUAGGUUCAUCAUUAUCUUCUUUUGGCCUUCAUUGGAAGCUUGGUGAGCAUAGAGAAUAAAAUAAAACUUCAAAAACAUUGCAGCACAUAAUUUACUGAAGGCUAUUAGAUCUGACUUCUCGAGGGACAAAUGUUGGUGCAUGGAGAUUUUGACCUGAACUGUGUGCAAAGGGACACCCAAUCACUUAAACAAGUUUUAAAGCAGAAAAUGCUCAACCAGGAAGCUUUAUUUAGGAAUCAGGUCCAUGAACUCCAUCAGUUAUAUAAGAUCCAAAAGACACUGAUGCAGGAUACAGGUUAUGGAGAGUUUGAUGAACACUAUUUCUAUAAUGCAAGUGGAAGGUCAUCUUUAGUACCUCUUACGCCUCCCAAAAAUUAUGAAUCACUCAAAAAAGAACCAAGGUUUUCGUCCAUGCCCAAGGGGGGUUCUACGCAAUUUACUGGGAGAGAGUUCGUAGAACGGCGGCAUGGUGCAUGUGACAGGAUUCAGUGGAGGCCUCUUGAUCUACAGAUUCCUGCCAAAGAUUUUAUAAGCUGUGUUGAUAAAAAUCUUCCAAAGAAUUAUAACUGUUGGGAUAAAAAUAUGGAAUUCAAAAAUCCUCAUUUUGAUGGUAAUGGCUCAGAUCCAGAGUCACUGGAGCUCUCCCUGAGCCUUGGAGAUGAAGAUAGGAGAAAAAGGAGUCCAAUGAGAACUUUGUUUGGUAAAAAGACUUAUUCCAGCCCGCAAAACAUCAUUGACUUGGACGAACCGACGGAGAUGAUACCAAAUGGUGACACGAAAAAUGGAACUUCUCCUGGCUGCACUGCCCCGAUACCCUUUUUGGUGACCAAAAUUGAGUCAAAGCUUUCUGUCAUAUCUGAUCCUACCAUUUCAAAAAGUGUUGCGAAAGAUCUAGCUCUGGAGAUUGGAGAGAGUUGCUCCAUGGUAGAUGACAGUGAAUGCUUUCAUGAUCGGAGCUCUUUCAAUAAAGCUUUUAAAGAACAUCACAAGGAUAUCUUAAGGGGAAGCCUCUUCAACAAAAAGCAGGUUUUUACUUCGGAGAACUUAGGUCAUGUAGACGUUUGCAAAGUUCAGCUGGAUUACUUGUCUUGUUACUCAAAUAACCCUGUUGUUGAAUAUAAAACUUCGGCUGUGGUUCGAGAAAGUGAUGCUGUCAAUCUUGCUUUAAUGGAUUCCAGUAGUGAAAUUAUGGGAAAAGAAAUUUGGAAGGGGAAAUCCAAAUCAAAUGAAAAAAUUGAUGGCAAAGUGUGUCUUUCUGGUUCUAAUUCAUCCGUGUCAAGGCAAUCGAUUGGUCUUUGUGAAAACAUUGACUACCAGAGUGGUGACGAUAAGAAUGAAGAGGUUGGGUUGAAAUCGGAAUUUCGAAUGUUUGCUGUUACUAGACAAGCAGGGUGCGAGAACGGUUAUGUAGAAGCUAAUGAGGCAUUGGGUGGUUCUCAUCAAAGCCCAAGUACAUUUCAAGAUGGACAUGGUGACAAAUCUUCUGCUUCCCGCAAGUCUAUCUGCAUUUCUGAUAAUGACUCGAACAGUGGAAAGACCAGGCAAUCUGAGGUUUUAUCUGAAAAUUCAAAAAUUUCUGGUUCAAAUCAAUAUUCAGGAACCGCGUUGGGAUCUCAAAUUGUAGAAACUUCAGUAACUGAGCAUGACAGAAGAUCUUCUAACAGUAGUGACUUGAAACAUAAAAGCUGUGACAACAAAGAUUCUGCCGAGGUUGAUUGUCUGAUCAAAAUAGGAGCACAAUCACUUUUAAAAAUCUCUUUGGACAAUUCAUCUUGCCUAGAUCCUUGCAAACAAGCAGGGACCAAUGAGACGGAAAAUGACAAGGAGGAGCUACCACGGUAUUCUUCUGAUUCUUACGAGUUAAUGGUUCUGAAGCUAACAGAAAGUACUGAGGAUGACGAUUCUGUAUCAUCAAAGCUAUUUGAAGUAAACGAAACGGAAACAAGGGAUUUUAGUAUGAAGUUGAGAAGAGGAAGAAGAAUGAAAGACUUCCAGAAGGAGAUAUUGCCCAGUUUGGCUUCUCUUUCCAGGCACGAAAUUCGUGAAGAUAUGAAUAUCAUGGAGGCGGUUCUGAGAUCAAGAGAGUAUCGGAAAAUGAGAGCGAAAACGGCUGAUAAAGGGGACUGGUAUACCCCUGUGAGAAACAAACGCUCAAGACUCAAUUACACUGGGCGAAGAAAUAUUUCAUGACAGUUCAGUUUGAAGUGGAACAGUAUGGAGAGGCUAUUUCCACAAUUUGAAGCCAUGACAUGCAAUGCAAGUCAUGGUAAAGAAACCCUCCCGUUACACCAAGAUGAUUUGUUGUGCACAUUAUCACUAGUCUAGUUGUCACUGCAGCAUCUUAGAAUUCUCCAACAUGUCAGUGGAUUAAUUUUUUUUCCCAGCGGCGAUCUUAAGCAGGAUCAUUGAACUUCCAUGGGGAUUACCACCUCAGAAGACAGAAAGUGAAAUCUGGAAUCAUCUUCACUAAAACCCGGUAUUUCAGCCUGCCAAGUAGCACAAAUGUGGCCCUUUAGAGCGCUCUGCAAGGUAUGUUUUGGCUUGAAACUGAAAAUCUUAUACAGCUCCAUAUUGUAAUACAAACCAAGCUCGAACUUAUCCAGCUUGGACCCUAUUGUAUUUUUGAAGUUCAUCAAGGCCCACCAAGCCUUCUUGCGGGCCCAAUGUGAGCGCAGCCCACGUUAGCCCAAGCCCGCAAGAAAACCUGGUGUUAUGAUUUACAAGUGCAAAGCCCACCCUCAUAACUGGCACUUAUGCUUCACAUAUAAGCGAUGUAGACUCUAUCAAAAUGGUUAAUUUUUGGGUUGUGAUUCAAUGAUUAAUGCAUACAGUAUGUACAGGGUCUCGGACA